AUGAGAAAAAAACAGGAGGCUUUUACUAUGCAUUUACUAUGUUUAACAUAUUUUUCUCAAUUUAAUUUUUACAUUUAUAAUGCGUAUCAAUUUGUGUUAGGAGUUACUAUAGAUACCGUCAACCAUAUUGUAAAUAUUGUAAAAAAAAAAAAAUAUUGCACUUACCUUUGUUUUAUCAUGUGGUGGGGAUUUUCCGAAGCUUUGGAUUUACUAGAUGAAGUACCUGACUCGAGCAAUUCUUCUUCUGAACCUGAAAGCAAAGAAAACGUAUAUAAUGUUUUACUGAUUGGGCAAUUUGAUUGUCGACAUGUGUUGAAAACAUUAGCCCAGAAAUACAGGCAUGACUUAAGUAUCGGUAUAAAUUUUUACAUAUAUGAACCUCUUCUAGAAAAUGUAGCCAGGCAAUUAUUAUUUUUAACACUUGCAUUGGAACCACCUGAUCGCCUUGGCAUUGUCGAGAAAACUUUGUUUUUUAUGGAACUCUAUGGUAAUGUUCUUCUUAGACCAGCUACUAAAAAAUAUCUAACGAGAGUGUCAAAAUGUUUAUUAAAUGUUGUGACCAAUACUAACUACAAUAAAAAAAUCUUGCCAUCUAUUUAUCUUGAUAAUUUAAAAUACAAAGAAAGAGAUCAGUUGGAAGUUAUUUUCAAAUAUUGGGCUUCUAAUGAAAACUCUUUCGACAUUGUUACUGCUUGGAAUGAAAGAAUAAGAAAAGAUUUAGGAGUAAGAUAUGAUUCGAGAUUUGGUGUUUACGAUUGGGAUUAUCAUAUGAGAUACCAUUGUUUUGGAGCCGAAGUGCUCAAGUCACAGGAGUACCAAAGAUUUCGAGAAAGAGGAAUGUCAUAUUAUUUUGAAGAUACUGAUCCGUGUAUGCCCAACAAUACCUUAGCCUCUGCUAUAUUUCCAUCUGGAAGUAAAAUUUUGAGUUAUGGAUAUUUAGGAGAUAUUACAACAGGACCAUAUCCAGCAUUCGGUUUUCAUUGCGAAGAUGAAGAAAUGUUUAAAAAAGUCAAUGGUCAACUUCCCAAAACGGCAACAGAUGUCACAGAAAGAAAUCUAAUGAGAAUAUUUUUCGAAUUACAACAUCAAAAACCUUUCGUUCCAUCUUCCGAUAACAGUGAUCAUUGUAUUCCUGUCGUUUAUCUGGAUACAUCCCACAAAUUAAAAUUAAUAUCCGACUUACCAGAGUCAAUGGAUUCUAAUCGAAUAAGAAUUAAGGAUGCUUGCGAGGAGUAUAACUCAAUAGACACCAACAAUUGUAAUGUUAAAUUUUUACCAACAACAGCACUAAAAGAUUAUCCUCAAAAAUUGGAUUAUGAAAAUUUUUUCGAUGUUGUUUUCAUAUGUCAAACGACGGUUUUAAAAUAUUUAAAACCGGAAAUGAUAAAAAUGUUUAAACCUGAUUGUAGAAUUUUAAUUGACACACCAAAGUAUCUAUUAAAUUACAGGAAAGAAUCUUUACACGAAUUUAAAAACAAUUUAAAGACUUUAAUGGAUGGUUGCCAAUGUAAAAUAAUUGGCACUUACGAACCUGAAAAAGAUGAAUUUGUACGAUACAGAGUUAAAAAAUAA